AUGGUUGAGUGGAGUGAAUCCGAGCGCACCAUCAUCACCAGCAUCUUUUCCUCUUUGGACUAUGAUGAUAUUGGCGCCAAGGCUCUGUGCAGGUGUCUGAUUGUGUACCCAUGGACCCAGCGGUACUUUGGUGGCUAUGGUAACCUUUACAAUGCUACAGCCAUCAAAAACAAUCCACUCAUUGCGGCGCACGGGACCAAGGUGCUGCAUGGUCUGGACCGCGCCGUCAAGAACAUGGACGACAUCAAGGCCACCUACGCCGAGCUGAGCGUGCUGCACUCCGAGAAGCUGCACGUGGAUCCAGACAACUUCAAGCUGCUGGCUGACUGCUUGACCGUUGUGAUCGCUGCAAAGAUGGGCUCAGCCUUCACUGCGGAAAUCCAGGCUGCCUUCCAGAAGUUUCUGUGUGUGGUGGUGUCCGCUCUGGGUAGACAGUACCACUAG